ACAUGGCAGACUCCAGUGCCACGCAAGACCGGCAGACAGCAGCUCGAAAUCAGACAGUUGUAGUAUGUCUGGUGGGCUUUUUGGAUUUAUUUGGAGUGAGUAUGAUCAUGCCCCUCAUUCAGACUCAUGCUAAACAUUUGGGGGCCUCCCCGGCUGUGGCUGGACUAGUAGGCUCUGUGUAUGGCUUCCUUCAGCUCUUCUCCAGCCCUAUUAUGGGUAAAUGCAGUGACUUGGUGGGUCACAGACUGGCCUUGAUGGUGAGCCUGGCUUUGUCUGGCGGAGGCUACAUAUUGCUGGGCCUGUCCACCUCCAUUGUCUGCUUAGCGCUGGCAAGGAUACCCUCAGGUCUUUUCAAGCACAGCCAGACAAUCUCCAAAGCAUACCUUGCUGAGGUUAUCCCCCCUGAAAAACGAGCCUUAGUUUACGGACGGUUCAAUGCAUUUUCCAGUAUUGGUUUUAUUGUUGGGCCUACCGUAGGCGGGCAUUUGGCAGAGGUGUCAUCAUCUGGGUUUUUUUGGGUGGGACUACUUGCAGGCUCAGUCUUUCUUACAUCAAGUGUGCUUGUCUACAUGUACCUUGUUAUUCCCGUGACCAAACGUCUACCUUUGAAGGAUUCGUCUACUUCCAACAGUUUCGAAGAUGACUCUGUUAAACUAGGCAAGCCAAAAUGUCAGACAUUAAGUAUCAUCCAGAUUUUCCAGUCAUUUGAAAACGUGAUCAGGCCAGAUCUGUGGAGUAUAUUUCUGACCAGAUUUCUGGUGGGAUUUUCUUUUUUACUUCUGAGAACAAAUUACACUCGAUUGUUGAUUGAGAAUUUUAACACAUCUCCCAGAACCAAUGGCUAUGUGAUAUCUGUGUCAAGUAUUAUGGGGACGAUCUCCGGAUUUUAUGUGGGGCAAAUUUCACAUUUCUGCGGUGGCGAUGCCAAGUCAAUACUUCCCAUGACAGUUCUGUUGUUUGUUGGAGUAUGUGGCUUGAUGAGUGCCCCAAACCUUGUUGUAUUCUCAGUGUUCCAGGCUCCGCUAAGUGUAUGCUCAGCAGUCCUGCGCGUGGCCUUUCUAAGUGUCAUGCUACAGCGUGUCCGCCCUGCUGAUACAGGGAUACUAAUGGGACUACUCCAAAGUUUUACAUCCAUCUCGAGGACUGUAACCCCUUUGUUAUCAGGCCUUCUCUUAGAAAUCAAUCCACAGGGACCUAUUUUGGGCAGUGCUAUAAUAAAUCUUGCUGCAAUCAUGAGUCUGAUUCUUACCAAUAAGCAGUAAGGGACCAGCACACAGUUGUAUGGGUACACAUGUACCUGCAUAUGUAUGACUGUUAAUAUGUUUUGUGCUGUAUGUUCUGUUCAAGACCACUUCUCUUGUCAUCCAAGUACAUCAGUCCAGAAACAGAAUUAGACCACAAGUGUUCAAGUGAUGCAUGCUGGGUGUUCAAGUGAUGCAUGCUGGGUGUUCAAGUGAUGCAUGCCGGGUGUUCAAGUGAUGCAUACCAGGCAUGUACCAACUUCCAUUUAAAAACGGGCUGCUUUAUUCAUUGGAAAUUGAAUUUGUAUCUUUCUGUC